AUUCAGUCUGUGACAUGUUUGCGAGACUGGUGGAGCAGCGGUGGGCGGUGUGCGCCGUACUAUCAGACCGCACGUUCACCAAGCUGUCUGAUGCUCGGACACUUGAGAUCAGAGACGACCACUGGAAAAUCAUGGAGGAAAUGGGCCCUGUUCUAGUCGCUCUGAAGACAGCAACUACCGUGAUGUCUACAGAGACUGAGGUGUCCAUAUCCAACACGUAUCCCAUCAGCUUCGGUUUAAUCGACGUGCACCUCAAGAAGAGAGUCGAGGGAGACUCAGGCAAAGUGGCAGAAUUCAAAUCUAAAGUGGCUGCUUCACUGAGCAGACGGAUGAAGAUUGCAUCUGAUGACUUCCUAACAUCAACCCCAAUGAUAGCAACGAUGGUGGACCCUCGGCACAAGCACCUGUCAUUUCUCAGCCCAGCCAGGAGGAUUUCAGCAAAUGCCAAACUGCUUGAACUGGCUCAAGCAGAAGAUGUGAGCUCCACAUCCACAACAGCAGAUGGAGCAAGCUCUGCCUCUGCCAGUACCACUGGAGAGGAGGAGGAGGGGGCUCAGCCAGACGUGCCUGUCCAGGAAGCUGCACCACAGAGACACACAUCUGCUAUGGUUCAACUCCUGGGUGCCUACUACACCAACCAGAUUGGUGGGGAAAAAAUGAAGCAAGGUAUCCGAGGUUGGCAAAAGUGGCAAAACGAUACAUGUGUAUCCCUGCUACAUCAGUGCCUUCUGAACGCGUGUUCUCAGCAUGUGGCCUUACUGUAACCAAGCUGCGCUCACGGCUCACACCUGAGCAUGUAGACAUGCUCAUAUACUUGAAUAAAAAUGAAUAAGCAAUUGUACCCAUGGGCCAUGUUACAUGUAUGAGGCAGAGAGCCUUCUCUAAAAUGUGACUUUUCCCUUUGUUAAAAUUUCAAUUGUCCACCUGCCUGAUGAUCUAAAUAUUAAGUUGAUUGUUGUAGCCAGGGUUGGCUAAACUUGGCUUGCUUAAUAUUUUACUAUCACGAUCACCAUUGUCUUUCAGGAAUGUUUACUUGAAGUUGUUGUCAGCCUGUUUCAAGCUGACUGAUUAUUACAUUAAUGUUUACACUAAUAGUUUGUGAGAGACAAACUAAGAUGGGCAUAGUGCAUGCACUUUAUUUUAUUUUAUGCAGUGACAUGUUUUUCAUUCAGUUCUUCUGUCAGCCUCACUUGAGCCCAAAUGUUAAGUUGAAUCAAUGACUGUUCUUCUGCAGCAGGCUUAGGUUUACUUAUUUUGCUGUUACUUACAAUUUCAGGGAUGUCUGCCUUAUAUUUUUUCAAGUUGACUGUCAUAUAGGCACUUUUCCCAGUUCAAGAGGGAUUCAAUUAAUGUUGCAGCUUGCAGGCUGCUAGCCUUCUAAUAGUUUGUGAGACAGACUAAGAUGUGCAUUGUGCAUGUUGUGCACUUGAUGUUACUUUAUUUUUCUUGUCUUUACAGUAGUGAGUGAGUGACAUGUUUUUUCACUUCAGUUCUUGUCAGCCUCACCUGAGUCCAAAGGUGAAGUUCUGCAGCAGACUGCAACAGCCAACAGGCUUACUUAUUUGCUGCCUGCUGUUACAAUUUUCAGGGAUGUCU